AAGCCAAACCUGUGAGGGAUAAACCCUUCUUACCAGUUCCGUUCCCAUAAACCCAAAAGUCUCUCUCUCUAGUCUUUAUAUUGUGACAAAAACCAAGAAAUCCCACUAUAAAAAUCCAAGAAAUUCUCCUCCAACGCUCUAUUUUUCCUUCUCUGCUUUUGAUAAACAAUCUCUCUUUUUUGGUUAUUGAUUUUGGCUUUCGAUCCAAGACCAAAGAUUUUUCAUGGAAGAAACUAGUCCUUGUUUCGUCUCUGCUGAGUCGUCGGCCAAUCCAUUUCACUCCGAGAAUGCUGAGUGUUCACCGCACGGUGAAUCAUCCGAGAGCCAUGUCAAAGAAAACCGUGAAAUCCCCGAUGGGAAAGGAAAAUCCCCGGAUUGUGAAAUGGUUUCUGGGUCUGAUGGAAUCGGUGAAGGAUUUGCGAGGGAUUGCGCGGUGGGUUUUUUCUCUGAUAUUGGUUCUGUGAAAGCUGAGGUCUUGAAGACUGCGGAGGACGUGAAAGAAAGCUCCUUGUUUUCUGAGUUGGUUGAUAAAGAAGAGAAAGUGACUCUGAAAAGCCAAGUGGGUGUCAUGGGAAUUCAAGAAUUUGAAGAUUCCGAGGAAGGUUUAGCCGUUUCAAAGAAGCUUCCGGCUAUUCAAGCUGACUCCGAGAAAGGUUUGGCUGUUCCUUCGUUUUCUUUACAUGAAAAGCAAUUCUUGGGAAAUUCUGUGGUGGAAGCGGAAAGUAGCUUGGAAGUUAAAAAGAAACAUUUAUUGGAAGAACUUGAGGCAUUGAUAAUGCCUGGAGAUAAAAUCAAUGCGAAAGAAGUAAAUGAUUCUAAGAGGUCAGGAGGAGAAUUGGGUAAUUCUACUACGAUUGUUGGGUCUGAUGAAAAGAUGAGUGACCGUCAAGAAGUGCACAAACCAGUCAACAAUGAUGCUGAGGAUGUCCAUGCGCUCAAAGGGAUUGAUUGGUCUGCUAGAUGUUCUUUCGAGAUUGAAGUAAUUGAUGAAACAGCUUUGAUUGAACCGGUGUUUUUCCCCAUAACUGGAUAUGGAGGUGGUAAAAAGAAUGAUUUUUCCAUUCCUGGAAAACAUACAAAGAGGCAGGGGAACAACCUUGCAGAAGGCAUGCAUGAGAAGAAGGUGAAACGCUCGCGAAGAAAGGCUAAAGGAAUGAAAAAGGUCCAGGAGAUGGGUGGAAAGAAUAUAGGGAUAACCCAAAUGACUGAAGCUCAUAAUGGGCGUCCAAAGAAUGGGGAAGGAGCCAAGACACAGUAUAACAGAGAGGAGCUAGAGGCCUUGAGGUUUGUGAACAUUGUAGAACAGAGGAAAAUGUGGAAAGACAUAUACGUUGGGCUUGGUCCUGCUGUUUCGAAGGAGUAUGAUGAUCUGGCAAGCUAUAAGCAUCAGAAUGACCCGGCAAGCUCUAAGCAUCAGAAGCAUAUCGUCUUGAACUUUGAACCUACCAAGCGAUCUGUAAAGAAGGAAAGGUUACCUUCAAUUCUGGGGGAAGAAUGUACAGAAAAGACGGACAUUGAAGUAGGAAAUUUGAUAGAAAAUGAAACUGAAGAUCUGAAUCCCUCAGAUGCUGCUUGCUGGUAUGGUGCUGUGGAUGAAGGUGGCAAUGCAGCACAAGGAGAGUACAGCGAUGAUUAUGAUAGUGAUGAAGAUUAUGCUAGCAUUCAAAGACCUGCCUUUUUCGUUGAGGGAGAACCCAAUUUUGAAUCUGGUUCUCCAGAAGACGGACUUGAAUAUCUUAGGCGUGUCAGGUGGGAAGCAGCUCAGGUUCCAAAAGUUAGUGUAGCUAAGUUUGAGAGAAGUAAAUGUAGCAAAGAUCAGACUGUUUAUCUGCCCAAUAUUCCUGAGAUUGCAAAGUGUCCAGAACAUUUGCUGCCACUGAAACAGUGGGAGGAUGCAUUUCUUGCUGAAUUUUCUGAGCUGAGGCUGGCUAUGUCUCGUCUUGAGUCUUCUUCCACUGUUGGAAAGAGUCAUUCCCCUAUGCUACCUGGAGGUGUAAAAAUCAAAACCAAGGAAGUUGAACCCUACCCGCCUCGUGAUUGUUGCAGGCUUGAUAAUUCAUAUAAUCAGCCAUCCUCAUUAACUGGAGAAGAGAAUAAUACCAAACAGCUACCAGAGAAUUUGAUAUCUAAGUCAUCAACAAAUGAAAGUUCCAGCAACUAUCCUCUGUUGUCUGUGAUAUUAGGAAUGGACUCUGUAGCUCGGCUAUCAAUGUUGAGGAAGCGGAUAAAAUCCUUGGAGGAUGCAAGCACCUUGUCAAAGAAUGAUGGCUUGUGGCUAUUUGCUUUGUGUGCAGUAGUUGACACGCCACUAGAUGCAGACUCUUGUGCUUCUAUUCGAAAUCUGCUUCGGAAGUGUGCUAGCUUACGUGCUGGAAAGUCUGAACUUGAUGACGAGGUUAUAAUGCUUAGCAUCCUUGUCACAAUUUCGAGACGAUAUUUCGGGCAGGCAGAAGCUGAAGGUUCCUAAUUAUGUGUUGCUCUUUCAAGCUUUAAAAGCCUUGGGCUUUUGUUGAUGUGUUAUUUUUCUUUUACUUUUUGAAUCAACUAUGCGCUUCCAUAGAGUUUAAAAUUUUUUCUUGAAUGUGCAUCGAGUAUAUUAUGUAGCUUUAAAUGUUUUAGACAAAAGGGAUAGUGAGAAAAUGACUCAUAUCUAAGAAGGUUAGAGAAACUCACAGUGCUCAAGUCUAAGUUGCUAAUAUUGGAAUUUAAAAUUGGCCUUUGUCAUUUGAGCUCCAAA